AUUUUGAUCUUGAUGGUAUCGAGUUUCAAUCAAUUCCAAGUGGAUUACAUGCCGUAAGGCAGGAUGUAAUACCCCCAUUUGUUGGGCUUAGUGUAUUUCUAAAUGAGUCCACGAUGGAUGAGUCACAUGACCGAGGUGCGCAUAUGGCGGCAGUUGGGAUUUUAGUGUCUCCAACUGUAGAAACAGGUCUUUGUGGCAGACCAUGGAAACAUCUUGGAUUUUUGCAAGAUGAGGUUGUGCGACAUGUCCACUUCUCAAAUGAUUACUCUAGCCUUCGUCAAUACUUCGAUAAACAUAGUAUUCGGUCUGACUUUCUAGAAAAUAACUUAGAUUCUAUAGAACCAUGCGGUAAUUCGACCACAUCGCGACGACCACGUGCCUUAACAGCUUCAAGCAGCCGGGGUUUACCAACUGAAACGGGCACUAACAGUUAUCAAACGCCAGUCUCGUCGACACAUCCUGCUCAUCAUUUUCCGGAUUUUGUCCGUUUGUGUGGUCCAACUAUUUUUAUACUAUGGAAAGCGGCUCUGCUUAAAAAGCGAAUUUUAUUUUAUUCUCCUCCACCGAUUGUAGUUUACGGAACAUGUCUUCUUGCCAAUAUUCCAUCAGCAGUCACCCGAUCGUUAAAGAACAAAGUUGAUAAAAUUAAACCAUUAUUUAGUGUUGGCAUUAACGAUAUUUCAAUGAUUCAGUCUGCAGAAAAUGGAUACGUUGCAUGUACUACUGAUCGAGUACUUCAACACAAAAACCAUCUGUUUGAUCUUUUAGUAAAUAUGCCUGCUCGCGAGUCAAAUCAUUCACAUCCAACUUUAGUCGCAUCACCCGGAUCACAUCUGUCUACAAACAUAAAUGCUACUGAUAUUAGACGCUAUAGGGUUUUACUCAAAAUUUUGGCAUCUUAUGGAAUAAACUAUUUAGAUGGGUAUGAGGAAGAUGGAGGAAAUUUGACUGAUACUUGGCGCAAAAUGAUGUUUGGUGGGUGGUUUUGGUGGUAUGGGAGAGAUGGGUAUCAGAAAUUAAAUGAUAAUUAUGAGGGUGAGGGUGAAGGUGAUGAAGGCGAUAUGUUACUGAGCUAUCAUGACGAUCCCUCACAAGAUGGGCAAAAUGUUGACGGAUCUAAAGAUGUUCCGGAAAUUGAGGUGGAAUUAAUAAGAUUCUUUCAAGCUUUAACAACUAGUCUUUUUAAUACGUUGCGAUCGAUGAUCGCAACAUCUAACGUGUACGAGUCUGACGAUGAGAUAACUUUCCUUUACUCAGAUCACUUAAUUCAGCUUGGCUUAGAUCCACGUGAUGAUGGAGCAUUUGUCGAAGAGUUGGCAGAAAUGUAUUUCGGUAAAGAGGUUGAAGUUGUGGGAAAAGGUGGUAAUAUAUUAAUUCAAUCAUGUUCGGAGUUGUGUUCUUUGGAUGAG